AUGUUUAGCCGGGACCAGCUCGCGUUAAUGUGCCUGGGUGUUUGCACCCUGCUGCCAUACAACUGCCUCUUGAACUCGCAGCCAUACUUUGAGCAGCAUCCCUUCGAGGGCUUGGACUUUCCGUUUACCAGCAUGAUGACAUACUCUUUAUGCCUGUGCUCUUCACAGCUGUGGCUUACCUGCAAGGGUGACAGCUUUUCGGUGAACCAGCGCAUAGGCAGCGCCUUCAUCAUGCAGGUCGUGGUGUGCCUCUCCUUCUUUGGCAUCACGCUGGCUGCCAGAGGCGCUUCCGGGGCACAUUACUACGUGCCCAUUCUCCUGACCAUAGCGGUGCUCGCUCUCUCCAACGCGGUGCUCCAGACCGGCAUCUUCGGCGUGGCAGGCUCCAUCAGCCAAGAGAUGUCCGCCGCGAUCAUGCUGGGCUUGGGCGUCUCCGGCUUGGUGAGCUUCUUUUGCUCUUUGCUGGUGCAGGCGCUGCAGCACGCAGUGAACCCGGAGAAGAGCGACACUGCGGAUGCCGGCAUGGUGGUUGCCCUGGUGCUGUGGGCCAUUUGCAUUGCCCAGACGCUCAGCUCCUGCUGGGUGUACUUUGUCUACAUGCGACGGCGCUCGCCGGAGACAUCUGCAGCAAUCGCGAUGCUUGAAGAGCAGAGGGCACGGCCGCUAGAGGUCUCCUCCUCCGGCUCUUGUGAGAGCAGUGAGGAGUCCAGAUCUGCAGGCGCCGCCCAGAUCUUCAGGCGGCUGGUGCCCAUUUUGGGGGAGAUCUGGCCACAAGCGCUGAAUGUGUGCGGCGUCUUCCUAGUGACCAUGUCAGUGUUCCCGGGAGUUUUAGUCCACUGGGAGCCGCUAGCAGGCUCGUCCUUCGUGAAGGCACGCCAGGUCUAUGGCAACUUGCUGAUUGGAUGCUUCCAGGUGGGCGACGUGCUGGGGCGCAGCAUCGCCCCUCCAGUGGGCAGAGUGGUGGGCCCACCCCGGCUGUGGAUCCUGAUGCUCUUGCGUUUUGCCUUCAUCCCACUCUUCAUGCUGGGCCAGCGUUCCCCAGAGACUGGCUUCUGGGGCUCAGACGCUGGGAGGAUUGUUCUUUGCAGCAUUUUCGCCAUCAGCAACGGCUUAGUGGAGCCAACCUGGCCAUGA